AUGUCUAACAUGGAUGAUUCACCAAACUUGAUUAAAUGUUCGGGAUGUGAAAAAAACAUAUCAAAGGGAUCAAAGGCGAUGCAACAUAAUAAAUGUUGGAUUUAUUUAGACAAUAAUAGUGGCGCAAGGGUAAUUAAUUAUCGAAAACACAAAGACGCUCUAGAUGUAGAGAGGAAGACGUUUAACUUUAUUCAAAAAGGAAGUUCAUCAAAUAAGAAAUUUACAAAUGGCGAUGAUAAUGCUUUAAGGUCAUACAAGAUUAAAAAUCUGUUGAAAAUUUUGCCAACUUAUACAAUUUUAUUUGAAAGAAAUUGUGGACAUAUAUUGACUGAUGUAUGUUUAAGGUGUGAAUCAGAGGUUGAGGAUUGGGAACAUAUAUGGAUAUGUGAUGACAAUGAUAAGUCGGAAUAUGAAAUUCUAUUGGAUACAUUAAUUACGACUGAAGAGAAAUUGAAGGAUUUGGAUAAAGAAAAAUAUAAAAGCGUUAGAAUUCUAGCGAAAGAAAUGGUAAAUUUUUUAAAUACUCCAUCCAAUAUAUUAAUAAUAGGAAAUCAAUUACGAAUUAGAGAGUUAACUAGAGGAAUUUUUAACAAUGAGUUAUAUAAACUUUGUAAUUCAAAACAAGAACGACAAUUGUUAGAAGAAAUUUGGGAAAAUUGUUAUUUAAAUAUACGUUCAGGUAUAUGGUUACAAAGGUGUGAAAAAGCUAACGAAAUUGAUAAAAGGAAAGGCGUCACUAAAAAUGACAAGAAACGUAAACGCUUAACUAGUGGAAUAGAUGAGGUUGAGACUAACACUUUAGACGAAGAGCGUGGGAAAAAUAACAACAAUAAUCAUAAAAAAAAAUCAACAAAAUGUUAA